GUUGUCUUCGGCCUACCGGACGUUUAGGGGUCACAGUCAGGAGUUUUACAGUGGCGAAGGACAACGUGUGCUUAGUAGUCGCUCCGUCUUUCUCUCGCUGAGGAGGUUCUUUUGUUUAGUGUCUUACGCUGUGCCUCAUUCCAUUCAGGGAAUUACUUCCCUGUCAUUGAUGCACCUUGAGCAUUAGACCACAUUCUACGCGUCAUGUCGCCUAAUCUGUAUGAUCCUCGGAGAGUAUUGGUCAUUCUGGUUCUGGCAGUGUUGGCUACUCGUACUAACGCCCAUUUUGGAAGCUGUGAGGACCACUCGACGUCAUGUGCCAAAUGGAAGGCUUGGGGAUUCUGCGAAACCAAUUUGCAAUUCAUGGCCUUCAACUGUCCAGUAACCUGUAAUAUCUGUUUGGAUCCUGGAUGCUUCGACCGGAACCACCACUGUUCCCUGUGGGCGAGAAGGGGCCUUUGCCGUGUCAGGCGUGACAUCCAGCAGACAUGCCCCCACUCCUGCAACAUGUGUAAGAUUCCAGAUUUUCUGACGGCUUCUCCCACUGCCAAGAGCAUCACAAUGCCCGAUUUCGGAUGUGGGAAGCCAGUGGUGACUCCUGGGGCCGCGGCAGGUAGAAGAAAACGGCAGAUAAUUUUCCCAAAUGAACUAUCGGGUGUUCGGGGCAUGCCAGUGCGAAAUGUACCAAGAGGAACAGCAGCAAUUGCAGGUGGCUCGACUAGACCUAUGGCUACUGGGGUUGUUAACGUCAACGAAACAUUUUGUGGGGCAACUCUCAUCCACGAAAGAUAUUUGCUGACGGCUGCACACUGCGUGCUGGAUCCUGACAGACCUGUGAGAACAGUUCGUCUGGGAGAAUUGGAUUUCUCAAGGGAUAACGAGGAAUUUUCAAAGCCAGUGGAUUACAGAGUGAAACUUAUCACCGUUCACCCGGAAUUCAAGCCAAAUUCCUUAGAGCGAUACAACGACCUCGCCCUUAUAGAAACAGUGGAUAACGUUCAGUUCAACGACGUUGUCUAUCCUUUCUGCCUUUCUGGCACCAGACCGGCGAAUGAUGCUACAGUAACUGGGUCAGGAUUUGGAUUUACAAAUAACACCAAUCGCCCCACCCACGUCCAAGAAGCCAUCCUGAAGGUGGUGGAUUCGAGGCGGUGCGAGGAGCUUUACAACAACGAAGGCCUAGGGCAGACUCUCAGGGCACUUUAUCCCCAGUCUAUCCAGGGCAGGGACGUUAUCUGCGCGGCAUUCCCCGGGAGAGAUGCUUGUGAGGGUGACUCCGGAGGACCUCUCUUCCAAGACGUGGACGGACGGCGGUUCCUCGUCGGUGUCAUAGCUCAGGGCAUUUCUUGUCGGGGCAACGGUGUUGCCAGCUUGCCCGGUUUCUACGUCAGCGUGGCAGACCACACAGAUUUCAUCGACAGCGUCAUUUACUCAGAAUGAUUAGGCGUCAACUUGGAGGGUCGAAUCCUUCGUUGGCCAUCAGUGAAUACAUAUCGCAUCCCAAUUCUUCUUCUAAAUGAAAUGUUCCAGAGAAUAUACACUUUCACUUUCACACAUUCCUUUUAUCGUGUCUAACUCUGACAAUUUAAAUGAGCAAGAAAUCAAUUCAAUCGUCCGACAGAUAAAAAUGCAACUGUGUUGCAUAGCCGCCUUUUAUAUUGUAUAUCUAAUAAUAAUUAAUACUUCUGUUCCUUGACCAUUUGACUUUACCUAAGAUAAAUGUUUUAUGGGAUGUUAAA